GUUGAUUUCUGGAAAAUGGUGUGGCAAGAAGACAUUAGUGUAAUUGUUUGUCUGACGAACCUCAAAGAGGGAAAUGAGAACAAAUGUGCUCAAUACUGGCCAAAUUCCAGUGACAAGAUAAAGAAAGGCAACAUCAGCAUACGAAACCAGAAAGAAAACAUAUACGCUGACUACGUCAUCAGACACUUCCGCUUGCAAAACAGCGCCGAUAAAGUUGAGCGUGACGUGUGUAUGUUCCACUACACGCAGUGGCCAGACCACGGUGUCCCAGAACCGCUGGCUCUCGUGGUAUUCCAUCGACACGUUCUGAAAACUUCUGUCGAACAUCCAGGGAAGUACACUCUUGUCCACUGCAGCGCAGGGAUUGGUAGGACAGGGACGUACAUAGCAUUGGACGCGCUUAAUAAAGGAGGGGAGAUAACCGGAAAAGUUAAUAUCCGGCAGUAUGUAGAAAACAUGAGAAACAGCCGUGCAAACAUGAUCCAGGGCGACGAUCAAUACAGAGUUGUUUACUUGGCAUUACUUGAAUCAUUCCGAGGAAAAGGAAGGUCUGUAUCAACCAGGACAUUUCUACGAGAAUUCCAGGAUCAUUCCUGUUAUAUCAAUCUCGGAGAAGUAGCCAAUAAAUCACCACUUUCUGCUGAAUUUCAGGACCUGUUGUCCGGAAGACGAGAAUACACACAAGAAGACUACAAAACAGGGCGGCAAAACAUAUCGGCCAAUUAUACACCCAGUGUUCUGCCUGUUGAAAGUUACAUGUGUCCAUUGUCAAACACUAAAGGGAAGAACACCUACUACAACGCAGUUUGCUUACAGUCUUUCACAAGAAAUGAUAAUUUCAUCAGUGCUCAAUAUCCUCUCCCAGAUUACACAGAGGACUUCCUGAGACUUGUGAAGGCUUAUUAUGCACCUACAAUUGUAUCCCUGAGCCCGUUGGUGGAAAUCGAAUCGUCUUCACUUUGGCUUCCUGCUAAAAAUGAAAGCAAAACGGUUGGAGAAUUCACGACUAAAAUGACAGAUUGUACACAAACAACCACAGUCACCAAGACUAGCAUUACUCUGCACCACAAGGGAGCUAGUGGUAUGAGCUUUUGCGUACUGGAAUGUAGAAGAUGGAAAGGAGAAAGCGACUCCUCAAACCGGAGAUUUUUACUUGAUCUCGUCAAUGAAGCGAGGGUGGAGGAAAGGACCCACCCCAAGGGAAGGAUUCUGGUUCUGUCGAGUGAUGGGGCCAAGCGAUGCGGACAAUUUUUGGUUGUAUUCAAUGCUCUGGAACAACUUACCAUGGAUACAGAGGUGGACAUAUUUACAAUCACAAGACAACUCCAAAUCCAACGGCCAGAGUUCAUAUCUUCUUUGGUACGAUUGAAAUAG